AUGGCAUCAAGAAAUCCAACAUUCAAAGAAUUUAUAUCCUUAAUGAGUAAAAUUCAUCUCAGGAAAGGAGAACCACUUGGUAUGAAAGACUUUCAUAACCUUUUACCUUCGAUAUACAUAGUUCAAAACAAAGAAUUUAACCAUAAAUUAACUGCUUUUAUCAUUGACCAUCAAUUUCGUCCUGAGAGUACUGAGGAAUCUUAUAAGAUUCAAUUAUUUAGUUUAUUAGAUAUCGAUACUAAAAUUAUGCCAAUAAGUUGGGAAACUUCUGAAGAAAGCACCUUUCCUACAAUUUCUCAAAAAGAGACUUCACUCGUAUUGAAAGAUAUAAAUUAUUGA